UCUUCCCUGGAUUCACAGUUACUAGUCAGGCUUACUGUGUGUGUGUGUUAGUGCACAUUCUUGCAUGAAUGUGUGUGUGUUCGAGCGCCACAGACAGAUAACUAGAGUAUAGCGUCUCGGGAUGCCUGCGUACGCCACCAACAUGAGGCUCAAGUUCCCCAUCGUGGCCUUGGCUUUGGAGAUUAUCACCAUCAUCCUGUUUGCGGUCUUUGUGGUGUACGAUGACGGCAAAGGUCACGGCCACGACCCGCACUCCAACGACACCAGCGAACACACAUCGCCCAUGGAGCUCUAUCCUAUGUUCCAGGAUGUCCACGUCAUGAUCUUCAUCGGCUUCGGCUUCUUGAUGACUUUCCUGAAGAGAUACGGCUUCAGCAGCGUGGGCAUCAACUUGCUACUGGCCGCCUUCGGCCUGCAGUGGGGUCUCCUCAUGCAGGGUAUCUGGCAUCUGGAUGACGGCAAGAUUAAAGUCAACAUCUUCAAAAUCAUCAAUGCAGACUUCAGCACAGCCACCGUCUUAAUCUCCUUCGGAGCAGUACUGGGUAAAACCAGCCCCGUUCAGCUGCUCAUCAUGACCAUCCUGGAGAUCAGCAUAUUCUCCAUAAACGAGCACCUGGUGGCAGAAAUCAUGGGGGCCAACGACGUCGGGGCCUCCAUGAUCAUCCACGCCUACGGGGCCUAUUUUGGUUUGGCCGUGGCUCGGAUGCUUUACAGGCCCGGUCUGAGAAACGGCCACGAGAAUGACGGAUCUGUCUACCACUCUGAUAUGUUUGCUAUGAUUGGGACCGUGUUCCUCUGGAUGUUCUGGCCCAGUUUCAACUCAGCUAUUGCCGAACCAGGCUUCACCCAGCUCACGGCAGUCAUCAACACCUACCUCUCCCUGGCCGCCUGCGUGCUUUCUGCUUACGCCGUCUCCAGCCUGGUGGAGCACAAAGGAAAACUAGACAUGGUGCACAUUCAGAACGCCACACUUGCUGGUGGCGUUGCCGUGGGAACGUGUGCCGAUAUGAACAUCGGGCCAUUCGGGGCGAUGCUGAUUGGAUUUGUGGCCGGCAUUAUUUCCACAGUGGGCUUCAAGUACCUAACACCUAUUCUGGCAUCGAAUCUGGGCAUCCAGGAUACCUGUGGUGUCCACAAUCUGCACGGCAUGCCGGGCAUCCUGGGAGGCUUGGCUGGUAUUGUGGCUGUGGCUUUGGGUAAAAAAGAGAACGGGAACGCCGCCAUGCAAGCCGCCGCCUUGGCUUCAUCCCUUGGGUUUGCUCUGGUUGGAGGGGCCAUUACAGGUUUAAUAAUGAAGUUGCCCAUCUGGGGACAACCUCCGGACCAAAACUGCUUUGAUGACUCCAUUUACUGGGAGGUCCCCGCAGAGGAAGAGGAAAACGAGGAGAGUCUGGCUCAUGCAGAUCACUCUAAGAACAAAGCGGAGGUUUAAAAACCUGGAAACAGAAAUAGGCACAGGGGAACAUUACUGCUCCACAAUGUGUUUUCAUCAACGUUCAGUUGAAAGUUCAGGAAAAAAGCUGGAGAACUCACUGGAUUUAACAUCAUCAUUGUAUUGAAUAAAGACGGAUGGGUAUAAUAAUAAACAAAUUGCUGGUAAACUAAGUAUUUUUAAGUAAAUGAGGUGAAAUAGAGUGCACAACUCGGCUGCGACCAGCAGAGGCGCUGUUGAUGCAGUCUGAAGUAUUGAGCCGAAAGAAGAACAUGAGGUCAGCCAUUGGAAGUAACGCUCCAGCCACAGACAAUUGUUAUAAAAACAUUAUUCAAAUAGGAAAACAGUCUUCCCUAAAACUCCAUAUAGAAUGGAAACAUUUUUUACACUGAAAUCAGCAAGAUUAAUUAAUAAAUCAAUGCUGGAACACAGCUGUAAGCCUUUUUGAUAUUUACUUAAACAAGCAUAGAAGCAUGUUUUUUUUUAACAUACAAUAUUACUAUAGUGUGUAUUUUAGCUUUCAAAAUACUUAUUGCACAGUCACAAAAUUGAUGAGAAUAGGGACGGAAAAAAGGGCUUCAUGUUACCUCACCCUUACCUUUGGAAUGUUCCUGUAAUGAACCAACGUGUGUGUCUGUGUACACGUAGGCUAUUGCUAUGUAUUCUUUUAUGUACAUACUAUUUCACAUGUUCAUGCUUUGACAAAGUCAGUUUGAUGUUCGCCCUGUGGUGUAAAAAGUAACCGGUACUGGAUGUUCAUUCUCUCAAAUGACAGAAUAUUCAUUACACAGAAAGAAAUAAUAUGCAUGCUAUUCAUACACAAUGCUAACUUUUUACAACAUUUAAAUCUCUGUUACAUGAUAAAGUUACUACAGUAUAAGGAGUAUUUAAUUUUAUUACUCUUCAAAUAGCAACAGGGCUGCAGGGUGAGAUGAAACUGACAGUUUAGAGUUUAUCACUUGUUUUGGCCUUUUUAUGUGCAUUUUUUUUUAUAUACAAAAUGUACUUUUACUGCCACAAUAAAUAUGUUUUGUACAUCAUUA